UUCCCCUCCGCGGAGCUCAGAGUAGCGUCUCCCAACUCCCAGGGCUCCAGCCUGCGCCGGGUUCAAGCCGAAGAUCAUGAACCGCAGCCGCCAAGUGACCUGCGUGGCCUGGGUCCGCCGCGGCGUGGCCAAAGAGACGCCUGACAAGGUAGAGCUAAGUAAAGAGGAAGUGAAACGUCUCAUUGCUGAAGCAAAAGGAAAGUUGCAAGAAGAAGGUGGGAGUGAGGAAGAGGAGGCAGGCAGUCCUUCAGAAGAUGGCAUGCAGAGUGCCCCGACCCAGGCACGGCCUAGGGAGCCCCUGGAGGAUGGGGAUCCACAAGAUGACCGCACACUGGAUGAUGACGAGCUGGCCGAGUACGACUUAGAUAAUUAUGACGAAGAGGACAACCCAGAUGCUGAGACCAUUGGCGAGUCUCUGUUGGGUCUUACGGUCUAUGGCAGUAAUGACCAGGAUCCAUAUGUCACCUUGAAAGACACGGAACAAUAUGAGCAUGAAGAUUUCUUGAUUAAGCCAACUGACAACCUCAUUGUUUGUGGCCGUGCUGAACAAGAGCAGUGCAAUCUAGAGGUGCACGUUUACAAUCAAGAAGAGGAGUCUUUCUACGUCCACCAUGACAUACUCCUGUCUGCAUACCCUCUGAGUGUGGAAUGGCUGAAUUUUGAUCCUAGCCCAGAUGCAUCUACUGGAAAUUACAUUGCCGUGGGAACCAUGACUCCUGUCAUUGAGGUGUGGGACCUGGAUAUAGUGGACUCUCUAGAACCAGUCUUCACACUGGGAAGCAAGCUUUCCAAAAAGAAGAAGAAGAAAGGGAAGAAGAGUUCCUCAGCAGAAGGACAUACUGAUGCUGUCCUUGACCUGUCCUGGAAUAAGACAGUCAGAAAUGUGCUGGCGAGUGCAUCGGCAGACAGCACUGUAGUUCUCUGGGAUCUGUCUGUGGGGAAGUCAGCAGCCAGACUUACUGCACAUACAGACAAGGUUCAGACUCUGCAGUUUCAUCCAUUUGAAGCACAGACUCUGAUUUCUGGGUCCUAUGACAAAUCGGUGGCUCUGUAUGACUGCAGAGAUCCCAGCCAGAAUCACCGCCAAUGGCGGUUCAGUGGGCAGAUUGAGAGAGUGACCUGGAACCACUUCUCACCGUGUCAUUUCUUGGCCAGUACAGAUGAUGGCUUUGUAUAUAACCUGGAUGCACGUUCAGAUAAGCCAAUUUUUACACUUAAUGCACACAACGAUGAAAUCUCUGGUCUUGAUCUGAGCAGUCAGAUCAAAGGCUGCCUUGUGACUGCUUCUGCAGACAAAUUUGUGAAGAUCUGGGACAUCUUAGGAGAUAGGCCAAGCCUCAUUCACUCUAGAGACAUGAAAAUGGGAGUUCUCUUUUGUUCCUCCUGCUGUCCUGAUUUGCCAUUUGUUUAUGCCUUUGGAGGACAGAAAGAAGGGCUUCGGGUUUGGGACAUAAGCACUGUCUCU